CUUGCAGAGGCGCAAGGCUUUUGCAAACGAGUUCCCGGAGAAGACGGUGGGUAAGCCUUGAAUGCUCAAUUUCGUGACGGAAAAAUGUUGAGGAAAGCAUUUUCUUUCCUUCCAAACAGAAAAUUUUCCUCCACAUCCAAAAACGAAAUCCCCACCCUCUACUCAUUCCUCCAACCCUCCGUCUUCGCCCUAAGGAGGGAAUCACACCCGCCGCCGUCGUCUCAACACGCCGCCGCCAAUCUCCCCACUGAACCCCCCAAAACCCUAACCCUGGACGACGUGAAUUCUCUGGAAACAAACCUCCAGAAAUCUCUCCUGACGAGCGACACCGACGAGGCCUGGAAGUCCUUCAAGACCCUCACGAGCGGCUCCGCUUUCCCAAGUAAGUCCCUCACCAAUUCCCUCAUUGCCCACUUGUCGUCGCUCGACGACGUCCACAAUCUCAAGAGGGCUUUCGCCUCUGUGGUGUACGUAGUCGAGAAAAACCCGGAAUUGUUGGAAUUCGAAACCAUUGAGGCGCUCUUGAACUCCUUCAAGCGCGCCAACACUGCCGCCCCUGCUUUUGCCUUGGUCAAAUGCAUGUUCAAGAACAGGUAUUUCGUGCCGUUUAGCGUUUGGGGCAAUGCGAUCGUUGAGAUCAGUAGAAAAAACGGCAGCUUCGCGGCUUUUUUACGGGUUUUUUCGGAAAAUUGUAGGAUUGCUACGGAUGAGAAGUUGGAUUUCAUGAAACCUGAUUUGGAUGCUUGUAAUGCGGCGCUGGAGGGCUGUUGCUACCAGCUCCAAUCGGUGAGCGACGCCGAGAAGGUUGUUGGGACAAUGUCAGUUUUAGGCGUUAGGCCUGAUGAAUCAACUUUUGGAUUUCUUGGUUAUUUGUAUGCAUUUAAGGGGCUUGAAGAGAAGAUUACUGAGGUAGAACGUUUAAUGGUGUGGUUUUGCUUCAAGUCUAGAGUGGGGUUUCGGAGUAAUUUGAUUAGCGGGUAUGUUAAGUCGGGAAAUUUAGAUUCUGUUUCGGCGACUAUUUUGCGUGGGUUGAGAGAAGGAGGGGGGGAAUACUUUGAGUUAGGUGAAGAAACUUAUUGUGAAGUUGUGAAAGGAUUUCUUCAAAAUGGAGGGAUCAAGGCUUUAGCCACUUUGAUUAUUGAAGCUCAGAAGUUAGAACCUUCUGCUGAUAUGGUGGAUAGAUCUGUUGGGUAUGGUAUUAUUAAUGCCUGUGUUAAUGUUGGAUUAUCAGAUAAAGCGCACAGCAUACUUGAUGAAAUGAAUGCGCAGAAAGGUUUUCUGGGGCUCGGUGUCUAUUUGCCGAUUUUGAAGGCUUACUGCAAAGAGCAUCGAACCGCUGAGGCCACUCAGUUGGUCAUGGAUAUUAGGAAUUCGGGGCUUGAGUUGGAUGUGGGGACAUAUGAUUCUCUGAUUGAAGCGUCCAUGUCCAGUCAGGAUUUUCAAUCUGCUCUUACUUUGUUCAGGGACAUGAGAGAAGCAAGAGUUUCUGACUUGAAGGGAAGUUACUUAACUAUAAUGACGGGCUUAAUGGAGAAUAAUCGGCCAGAGUUGAUGGCAGCUUUCUUAGAUGACGCUGUUGAGGACCCUCGAGUUAAAGUCGGUACCCAUGAUUGGAAUUCGAUAAUUCAUGCCUUUUGUAAAGCUGGGAGACUCGAAGAUGCCAGGAGGACCUUUAGAAGGAUGAUAUUCCUGCAGUUCAAACCAAAUGAGCAGACUUAUUUAUCUCUUAUUAGCGGAUACGUUUCUGCAGAGAAGUAUUUUAACGUUUUGAUGCUUUGGAAUGAAGUGAAGCGAAAUGUUUCAAUUGAUGGCGAGAAGGGGAUCAAAUUUGAUCAUAACUUGGUUGAUGCCUUCCUUUAUGCUCUUGUUAAGGGAGGCUUCUUCGACGCGGUAAUGCAAGUUGUUGAGAAAUCUCAAGAGAUGAAGAUCUUUGUGGACAAGUGGAGGUACAAGCAUGCCUUCAUGGAGACCCAUAAGAAGCUCAAAGUGUCAAAGUUGAGAAGGAGAAACUUCAGGAAAAUGGAAGCACUGAUUGCUUUCAAGAAUUGGGCUGGUCUGACUGCAUGAAAACCAGCGUUGCCCCGAGCUAUACAUUAUUUAGAGCCCCUGCUCCUCAACUCAGGUCGCUUAAUGAUGGUUCAACAUGAUUUUGUUGAAAAUUCAUGCCUGGGGUCCGUUUGUACAGAUGCCUAAGCUUCAUGGUGUCAUCAAUUUCUUCAUUGGUCUUGAUUAUGGUUUUUAUAAAUUAGCAGGCGUUCUGGAAAGAGUACACGACCAUAAAGGGAAUUCCUAAGGUUGGGCCGGUUGCUUGCAAGUGUGGGCAGAUGAAGGAUUUCAAUUCUUUGCAAAGAAGAGUUGUUGGCAUUUUCUAUGCAAGUUGUGAAGAACAUCAUUCGGUGAAUGCUCGUGUCUUUUGAUGGCCAAAGAGGAAUGAUUCGCCAGCAAAAGAGACUUCAACAAUUUCAUGUUAACUUGUUAAGUUCAAUGUGAAAGGAAUGUUCAGGUCCAGUUUGGUGCCCAAAAAUUUAACAUACAAAUGGCGGAUUGGCGGUAAACUAGCUUAUGAAGGGACUGAUUGCAGUUAUUUUGUUUGGGAAGUAAUCUUCACUUCUUGGAAUGGUGCUGCAAAAGCAAAUUUCUCCAUUUCUGUUAGUAGCCUACAGGUGAGAACUGAUUUGCUCAGGAGUUGGGCACCUCCCGGAUUUUUUUUCUUUAAAUCAACUUUUCUUCAAAGAUUACGAUGUUUCUUUGAGGAAUAACAAUAAAAUAAUCAAAAAAAAAAAAUUAACUUCAUUGCCCUCCUCAGUUGGUUGUGAUUAUUUUAUUCUUGCCCGAUUGAUCUAUUACAGUGAAACGGCACAGGGUAUAUAUAUUAUCCUGAGCAUUUGGUACACUUAGAUCAACAGAGAGCUCCAAAUCAUAUUGUAUUUGUUUUGCCCAUUUUCUUAACCCUAUAUUUGUCAGGUACGUUAGACACAGUCAUUUGUCCGUGAAGCUUGUGCCAGCUUAUAUUGUCCAUGAAAGUUGAAUCCUUUUCUAAUAAAGUAUUAUUGCUUUAAGAAGCUGCUUUUUUUAUCU